UUGAUUGGGCGGGGCCCAGUCAGGGGUGGGUUGGGUCUUUGACAGCUUUCUUUGCCAGAUUCAAAGAUGGCGCUCAUGGCCACGCUAAGAAUGCAGCGUGAAGCUGCAGUUCUGCCAUCACUCAAGAUGGCUGCCCCCAUCAAGAUGACCGGGGUGUGCCGGGGGGAAAGGGGCAGCAUGAUGGUCUGAGAUGGCUAACCCCGGCCCUUCCCCGUCCUCUGGACUAAAAUGGGGAACACAUUGGGCCUGGCACCAAUGGGGACUUUGCCCCGCCGGAGCCCCCGCCGAGAGGAACCCCUGCCCAACCCUGGGAGCUUCGAUGAGCUGCACCGGCUAUGCAAAGAUGUAUUCCCAGCACAGAUGGAGGGCGUGAAGCUCGUUGUCAACAAGGUUCUGAGCAGCCAUUUCCAGGUGGCUCACACUAUACACAUGAGUGCCCUGGGCUUGCCGGGAUAUCACCUCCAUGCGGCCUAUGCAGGGGAUUGGCAGCUCAGUCCCACUGAGGUGUUCCCCACUGUGGUAGGGGAUAUGGACAGCAGUGGCAGCCUGAACGCCCAGGUCUUGAUCCUCUUGGCAGAGCGGCUCCGAGCUAAGGCUGUCUUCCAGACGCAGCAGGCCAAGUUCUUGACAUGGCAGUUUGAUGGCGAGUAUCGGGGAGAUGACUACACAGCCACUCUGACCCUAGGAAAUCCUGACCUGAUUGGGGAGUCGGUGAUCAUGGUUGCUCACUUCCUGCAGAGCCUCACUCAUCGGCUGGUGCUGGGAGGAGAGCUAGUUUAUCACCGGCGGCCAGGCGAAGAGGGGGCCAUCUUGACACUGGCUGGGAAGUACUCCGCUGUACACUGGGUAGCUACAUUGAAUGUGGGAUCAGGCGGGGCCCAUGCAAGUUACUACCACAGGGCAAAUGAACAGGUUCAGGUUGGAGUGGAGUUUGAGGCAAACACAAGGCUACAAGACACAACAUUCUCCUUUGGUUACCACCUGACUCUGCCCCAGGCCAACAUGGUGUUUAGAGGCUUGGUGGAUAGUAACUGGUGUGUAGGUGCUGUGCUGGAGAAGAAGAUGCCCCCUCUGCCUGUCACCCUAGCCCUUGGAGCCUUCCUCAAUCACUGGCGCAACAGAUUCCAUUGUGGCUUCAGCAUCACUGUGGGCUGAGGUUGUCCAGAGCCAGCCCCCACAGCAGCUGGAACCUCUGAGUCAGGUGCCCUAGGGCCAGAGACUAGGCCCCUCUCCAGAGCCCACCUUGCUGGGUGACCUCUAGGACCCAGGAGCAGAGUGGCGGAUAGGACCAUGCCCUCCUCAGAACUGGAGCUGCCACAGGGGCAGUUGAUGAGGCAGAGGUUUGAGGAUCGCCCCUCUGCUACCAGCCCCAGUAUCACCUUCCCGAUGCUCCUGUGGCUCUGGACUAAGGGGAAAGGAUUAAGGGGUAUGGCUGAAUUCCCCCUGGCACUCCUUGCCUCCAGGCUUCCUUCUUCCUUUCCCUUUGGUUAAUCCUGCAUGGGAUUAGCUGACCAUCCUGUUUUCCAUCCCAGAGUCUCCCAAGGCUGGGAAAGUAGGGCUGAAGGGCUAGAUAUUUGGUCUCAGAAAGUAGGGCCCACCCAUUCCCAGAAGGAGCUUCUUUACCUCUUAGCCCUGAGGCUUCCUCCUUCCCAUCUUCUGUGCUUCCAGAGAACAACUUUGUUCCUAUGGCCAACCCCACUAUCCCCAUGACCGCAUGAAGAGGCAGUUAUUGCUUUAGUCUUUCAUUGCAACCACUGGGCUCCCUUUGAACCCGGCCCAAUCUUUGGUCCCAGCAUUUCCCCGCUCCAGUGUAUCCAGGGUGUGCCAGGUGAUCUGGGGAAGGAAGUGAGCCUGGUCUCAGCUGCAGAUCUCCUGGAGCAGUGGCAUCAUGGCAGACAGGCCCUGGAUGUGCUGGAUUUGGUACCCGUAGGCCUCAUUAAUGCUCCGGAGCUCAGCCAGCAGGCCCAGCAACUUCGCAUACAGAAACCUUUGGAGGAAGUAGUGGGGUUGCCAGGAAAACAGGAGGGAAAUAAGGCAGUUGGGAGUCUUGUCUUGAAGCCCUGAUCCCCUGAACUAUUCCUCAGUGAAGCCAGGUCUGAACAUUAGAGAAAAUCAUGCUCUGGUAUGACAGAUGAUCAGAGGUUCCAAAGGUCCUCCAGGGGGCCUCAGUCUGACACUGUCUUCUCUCACCGUGCUCAGUUUUUUCUGAACCCAGAGCUCUGAGGGCCACGUGUGAAGAAAGUUCCAGACUUGGCCAGAACUCCAACUGUGUGGAAUCUGAGGGCCUGGCCUUCUAGAGCAGGUUCUAGAAGGUGGAUGUGUUCUAUGGUAUAAAGCAUCCCCUUUCUGGCCAAACUAGCUCUUGGAGGAAUGAGCAAAACAGAAGUGGUGCAUACCUCAGAGCCCGGAUAAAUCACAGACUAUUGAACCUGGAACUGGCUUUGGCCAUGAAACUGUGAAUUGCCAUAACUUCAAGGGAAAUGAAAAAUCAAAGGAAUUGGCCCAAUGGCGAGGAGAGGAAAGGCCAAGGGAAGAGAAAUGCCUGCGUUAGUCUGGAGAAGUUGGACUAGUGAGGUGAUGGAUGUCAUCAAUCUCAGGAAUGCUAUUACCCAGAGCCUCUGAGCUACUACUUUGCAUCUGUACUGAAUAAAAAGAAAAAAUCUGGAAAAAGUGAGAUGAAACAGCAGUAUCCAAAUUCAGUAAUUUGGAGGCUGAAACGAUGUGAGACAGGGAUGGCCAGGGGGAAGGACUAGACCCCAAGAUACCUGAAUUCACUAAGGAAAGGACAGUAAAAAAACAUUCCUCCCA